CGUUUACUCACCAAUUCAAAACCCGCGUUAUCGACUGGCUUAGUUAGUAUCUAACUAGUUUACAACGUUUUAUUCACUGCGCUUUCGUCAUAUUAGCAAUGUGUGAUGACUCUUGGAUUAAUGAAUCUAAUAUCAAGGAUAGAGAUUCUCUGAUUACGUUGGCUAAGAUUCAGGAGCAAGCUGAGCGAUUUAAUGAUAUGGCGUGUGCUAUGAAGAAAGUUGUCGAGACAUCAAAAACACUGAAUAAUGAGGAGCGAAACUUGUUUUCAGUGGCUUAUAAAAAUGUAGUUGGAUGUUGUAGAUCAGCUUGGCGUGUUGUUUCAAACAUUGAACAGCGAUUGGAUGACCAGAAGAAAAAACAAGCGGGAGAAUACCGUAAAACUAUUGAGAAGGAAUUACAAGCUGUCUGCCAGGAAGUCUUAGAUUUAUUACACGAGUCACUACUCAAAAGUGAAAAUACAGCUGAAGGAAUCGUGUUUUAUAAGAAAAUGGAAGGUGAUUAUUACAGGUAUUUAGCUGAGGUUCUAACUGACGAUAAACGUGCUGAUGUCGUAAAACACUCAAGGGAAGCUUAUCAGGCAGCAACGGAGAAGGCAAAUAGUGACCUACCUCCAACUCAUCCAAUCCGUCUGGGCUUAGCUCUAAACUUCUCUGUGUUUUAUUAUGAAAUCGAAAACAACCCCGAAAAAGCAUGCUCAAUUGCUCAGACUGCAUUUAAUGAAUCAAUCGGACAGUUGGACCAACCUGAAAGUGGUUCCUUCAAAGAUAGUACACUUGUAAUGCAACUUCUUCGUGAUAACUUAACUUUAUGGACUUCUGAACGUGAAGCUGCUCAGUAACACAGAAUAUCAGUGGCCACUUUAUGUUUACUUUGAAAACGUAACCUCAGAAAUUUUCUUUACACUCACUUUAUAACGUAUGUUCGAAUUUAUUGGUCACUUCUAAUUUAGUCUCUUGAAUAAAUCAUGUGGCAAUUCUCGUCAUUAUAUCAUAUGGUAUACCAAUUUUAAUUAAUAUUUGUGUAAAAUCCAGCUGUAAGACCAUUAUUGCUAGUGUUGAUGUCUGUUCGUUCAACUAAGAUGAAUAGCUGCUUUGUCAAAUAAAUUGCAAAUUCACUGAGUCUAUAUUUCACUUGGUUCAUAUACGUUAUUAAUAUUUCAUGUCUAAACAGUAAAGGAUUUUAUAUAUAUACAUAUACAGUGUUUUACAUUAAACGUAUAUAAGUAACUAAAAAGUUGUUAUAUCUAAGUAUGAACUCGGGAAGUUUUCUCGACUCACAAGGUUAGUUCAGACUUUAUUAAAUAAAAUUACAGAAUGAUGUCAGAGUUCCUCACAAAACAGUGAAAACCAUCUUUUUGGUCACAGAUACUAGACUGCUUUUCAAGUAAACAUAUAAACAGUCGAUAUUUAGGCGUAAUGGUGAUACAUAUCAUUCGAAGGUUGAGAACGUUUUUGAUUGGUCACCUAAAUAAUGUCGUGUAUUGAUGAAAUUAAUGUUAUAAGCGAGGUUAAUUUUAUGUGUCGAUAGUCGAUUUAGGUACUGUUAAUGGACUAUCAUUUGUAUUGACUUACAAAGAUCGAAAUCGGUACUUAGAUUUUACUGAGUCUGAAUUCGUUUUUUAUCAUUUUCGACUAAUAAGUUCUGCGUUACAGAAGAGGGAUGUUUUGACAUGGUAUGUUGUGAUAUCAGUAUUUCUGUUAAUCAUUCAUAAAUAUGGUAUUUGUCACGCAUUUCUGAAUAGCGCCCACUCUCGUCUUUUUUGUCAUGUUUAUGAUAGUGAAGAUCCAGGAAUAUUA